AUGACACUUUUAGUCUUUCUAUACAUGAAUUGACAUCAAUUAAUUAUAAUUAAAUAGGUAAAUUGAACAGAAUUACUUAAAUAAUCUGUUCAUAGAGAACAAAAUAAAUUUUGUUAGCGUUCAAAGGCAAAAUUAUUUCGUUUCCAAAAUCCCAAUAAAUAACCUACCUUCUUUUUCCCACCAUGUUGAAACAUUUUUAUUUCUCAUUUAACCCGAUAAUAAUAGCCCUCCUCCUGGCUUUUUGUAGUUUAACGACAUAACAUCGGACCGGUGCUACGGUAAAGAAAUGACAAAAGUGGUAACAGGUAUUAGUUCAAGUAUACUCAUUGUUCAAACAACAACCUAGUGAUUUCGUCCUGAAAAAAGAUAAUCUAAAUAGAAAAUUAUACACUUUGGACCAAGUAUCAAAAUGUUUCGGUAGUGCAUAGGAUUAAACGACUGGAUGCAACCCAUCUGGGGCAUCAGGAUGCAGGUGCAGUGAGGGAUGAGUAAAACGGGUAUGUUUCCUCCCUAUAUCAACUCAACAGCACGACUGAUCAACCCUCGUAUGAAUACAUUGGCUGCAUCAAGGGAUCUAUUUCUUGAGGCGGAGUGUGAGGUUUUUUCACUCACUCAUCCUCUUCCUGUCGAUAUACCGUUUCCCUGCGAUACAACACAACGAUUUCUUUUAAACAUCUUUUACUAACACAUCAUUGAUUUAUGUCGUAUUCAUAUGAAUAGACAAAAUGUAUCGAGAUAAAUGGAAAUAGGUUAUACUAUAAUGUUUCCGAUUAACAACAUUUCUCGAUCACAAAUAAACAACAUUAAAACUCAAAGGGGAGGUAGAGCUGUAAGCAGACACACACAGGCCGACUGUUCCUCGUAAAUCACCUCUCCAAUCCUUGCUAUAUCGGAGGAAACGUUCCGAGGAUGUCAGUUAACACACAGACAUAGUGAUGACCGAUACACAGGAUUAAAAGAUUGGCCACUCCAUGCACUGACCUCUUUCAGGUGUUAUGUUGAGCGAUGGAGACUGCCAAUAAUCUGUUAGCUCACUCAAGCUUGCCGUUCUAUCCAAACGGACUGACAACGACUGUGUCCAGCAUCCUCAGCUCGAGUCCUGGGGGUCAAGACUCGGCCAUCGGGCGAUCCGGACAGAACGGCUGGUCAAACUACACAAGCGACGCAGGAAGUAUCAACGGGCAUAACUCGUGUUCAAGUAUGUCUUCAUACAGUAAUCUCCAACUGGGAGCUUCCUUCUCCGCCAUGAACUCCAAAUCUCCGUACAACUCGUUCACGAGUGCUGGGGCGGACUAUAUCAACUGUAGACAGAUGCAGUUAAAUCAUAUGAACCCUCUUAACAUGCCGGCCAUGAGGAAUUAUCCUCUGUACGGCGACAUGUAUCAGGCUGCCCAUCCCCCGGGCUACACGAAUGGAAGUUUUUAUCCCGACAUGCCCCCCGGUAUCCCCCCUCUCCCAGGGAGGGACAUAGACUGCAGGAGCGCCAACUCGGAUUCCCCGAAUCAAGAAGCAAAAGGCAGAAAGAAAAGGAAGCCCUACACCCGAUACCAGUCUAUGGUGCUGGAAAAUGAGUUUUUGAACAGUUCAUAUAUAACACGACAAAAACGAUGGGAAAUAUCGUGUAAAUUACAACUAACAGAGAGACAAGUGAAAGUUUGGUUUCAAAAUAGACGAAUGAAGAGGAAAAAAUUGAACGAACGCGCCAAAGCGAGGCUGAGAGACGACCAAGAACCUAAAGACCAUCACCAUGCAGCACAAGGUCAAGGUCAUCAUUCUGUACAAGCGUGACAGUGACUAUGAUCAUCUAGAUCUCAUUUAAAAUAUUUCUUCAUCCUGUUGUCUCACAUCGUGCUCAUUGGAACUCUUGUAAUCGAGUCGGGUAUUCCAACCCGGACCCGCUUGAGUACCACGUGACUGGAGAGAAGUAAUACUCGUGUGACGUCACUGGGCAUUGUGCUAUUUUGGCGGUGCGUUGUGCUAAUGAUAGGCUACCAAAUGAGGUUCGAAAGACGAAAAACAUAGACAUGGUCCAACAUACAUGAACACAUCAGCAUGUAUACUGUGUAUACAAAAAAAAAGUAUGAGAGACACUGAAAACAAUCACCAUACUGGUAAAAGUCUUGGUGUUAAGCUUUUGAAAUGCUGAGUUAGACAGACGUUUUGAUAAGUGAAUGUUUGCAGGGUCCCUAGUUACGUAGCCGGCAUAGAAACCGGAAAUAGACAUGAGUGACGUCAUUACUGUGUAUGUGUGUUCAAAGAGCUCGGGGAAUGUCAUUUCAUAGUUAUAUGUACAUCUAGGACAAGUCGUGUAAUCGUUACCUCUUGCGGUUUAGCAAGGUAUCGGUGUAGCAUGCUAGUAGAUGAAUCACCGAGUCCAGCAAUUGAGUCUGUUUUGUCAGUCAGUGUAAUUCUAGAAAUGACUCAUCGAAUUUUAUGCCAGGGAUUUUAGUUUUAGAACUAUGUUGAAAUACGUUCUUGCCAUAUAUAUAUUAGAUAUCGGUACAGAAUAUUUCAUAUGUAAAUAAAUAAAUACGUGAUAUUUAAUUUGUGAAAACAGUGUUGUUCGUAGGAUCAUUGUAUUAUCUUGUUCAUACCUUGUCAAAAAUGGUGACGCUGCUGAUUUGAUUGACGUCAUAUGACGAUCAAGAAAAACUCAUGUCCCAACCCAUUCAUACACGUAUACCUGCUAACACGAGUAUACACUCAUAUCAUGAUUAUACAUUGUAAUAUAUUUCAGUAACAUGUACACAUUAUAAUAGUUUCAAGAGUUUGAUCAACUUAUAUGUCAUCUGAAUCUGCAGCGCCACCUAUGUAUCAACGUUCUGUCUUCUCGUUGUCUUUGAGAUUGCUUAUUUCAAAUACAAUCUUGUGCUAAACAUAGGUUUUCCUUUCUCUCUGUAUUUCUCUGAGCGUUUGCAAAGUUAUGGUACAUUAUAUAUAUAUAUAUAUAUAUAUGUAUAUAUCAAAGUGUGUGAGAAUACAUGGCGUAAAUGUAUAUGGAUGUUUGUGAAAGAUGUGAAUGUAUUUUCAUUUAAAAAGAAAAAUAGUAUUCUGUUGAUUCCGUGUUUGAAAUUAGCUGAUCCCUUCAUACUAAUAUUCUUGGAAACUCUUGCUGGGAGUUAUGUUCAAAUAAAAUCGAUUCAUUGUUUAAUUUAUAUUUUCUUUGUUACAUACCACUUUCAUUAAUGAAACAAUUUGUAAAUUAUUUUGCAUUUAAAUACGAUGCAUUUUGUAUUAAUUUACAUCUACGUAUCAAAGUUUGAUACAGACAUAUUGCGUUUGUAAACAGAAAGAAAUUGACAACUUUAUUCUCUAUUUUCCCAAUGGACUACUUUCACGAAUACCAUUUAUUAAUAGAACUAAAAGUAUCUUAAAUGGGUUUGGAUAUUUUAGUUUUAUUUUUAAUCUUAAACAAACUUUAACAAUAGGUGUUGUCACCCAUUUUGCUUGAUAUGAUAUGAAUCAAUGUUUAAUCAGUUUAUUUUACACAUAUCAGUUGAAUUAGUUUAAAUUUAAAUGUAUGAACUGAUUGAAAUUAAAAUACUUGGUAUGUAGAAAAGAAACGGUACUGUUAAAUUGAGCGCGACAGAUAUUUAAUUCUGUAUACAGAUCUGUUUGUAUAGUAGAAUUUAGCUGUAUUUAUUUUAGCUUAAUUUUCAAGCCAAAACAAUACACAGACAAGUGUAUAAGUUACGAGAUAGCAUUGCGUCAGAUUUAUGCCUUUACAUUUCAAUAUCAAAUUUACAAAAUAAAUUCAGGACAUAGAUGACAUUAGUUGAUUAAAUAUACAAUUUAACACAUAUCAAGUGCUGUAGCUGUAGAGUGAUUAUAGUUCCUCUUUGAAAUAUACUAUCAGCGAUAAAUAUUCAAACAUAUGAAAUUUGAACAAAAUAUAACAAUUCAAUUUCGAUGGAUUUAUUUAAGCAUUUACUAUCAAUAAAAGACAUUGUAUAAUAUUAAUUUCAAUAUGUGAAGGCUACGAUAAUAAUACAAUAAUAAAUCUUUGUUAUCACAGCUAGAUUGACCUUUAAUCUACCCUUUCUUUACCUUUGACCUCUUUGUUUUAAAUAUCUGCACGUGUAUGCUAAUUGAUCUCUCUAAUUUCUAUAGAUGUCAAAAAUUUCCAGCCAUUGAAAUAUGUCCCGAAAGGGAACGCCCUUUUAUAGCAAAACGGGCCUUUCUCUCUUUCCGUUCUGCUGUAAAAGGGAGUUUCCUGUACAAAGUUUCAUGGAAUAAAAUAUGU